AUGCAGUUCACCUUCGCUACCCUUGUCACUCUCGCCGUCUCGGCCAUGGCUAUGCCUUCACCCAGCGGCGGUAAGGGCCUUGCUCUCUCCAAGGCCAGCGGUUACUGCCAGGCCGGUGAGAUCGCUUGCUGCAACCCCAAGAAGGACAUCAAAGCCGAUGGCGUUCUGGGUAACCUCCUCGCCGAGGGAGCUCUCAACAACCUGCUCGGUGUUGGCGAUUCCGCCUGUGCAUCCCAGAGCUUGAUCAAGAACCUCAACCUUCUCGGCUUCACUCAGGAGGGUCAGGAGGGAACCACCUGCAAGAACACUAUUGCUUGCUGCCCAUCUGGCAAGGACUGCACUGCCAUCGACGCUUAG